GAAGCGUUCUAAAUCGCCGUCUAACAGUCAGCUCUACCCAUCCACAUGAGUGCAGAGCGGGGAAACCUGUCCUGACCGGGAGGGGUGAGAUGCGGAACCAGGUUACGGAGAGAAAAGUGACCGCGGCUGCUCGGGUUUCCUAACAGGAGGGGAUGUAUAUUAACAGGCUAUAACACGCUCUAUAACUCGAUGGUUUAACUUGUGUCUGGGUUUGUUAGAAAUGGCAACAAAGUGCAGGUUUUUGCUUCAGAGGGUCCUAACAGGCUUCAGAGCCCACACUGUGUAUAAACAUGCCUCAUGUAGGGGAUCCCUGAUGAUCAGAGGACCAGUCAGACAGCUGAGCAGCUCCAACAGACUCUCCAUGCCCCCCUCUGCCACUUCAGGUCCCAGCAGCCUGUCUUUCAGGACUCACACCUGUGGAGAGCUGAGGUCACAUCAUGUGGGAGAGAAGGUCACGCUGUGUGGCUGGGUCCAGUAUCUCAGACAAGACCUGUUUGUCAUCCUGCGAGACUUUAACGGUUUGACACAAGUUCUGAUUCCUCAGGAAGAGUCUACGACCAGCAUCAAAGCGAUCCUGUCAGGUCUGUCAGUGGAAUCAGUCAUCAAGGUCACAGGAACAGUCAGAAGGAGACCAGCCGGGCAGGAGAACAAGAACAUGCCAACAGGAGAUAUAGAGGUCCUUGCAGAGAAUGUGGAAGUUUUCAACAUGUGCCGGAAGCUGCCUUUUGAGAUAAAGGACUUUGUCAAAAAGUCUGAGUCGCUGCGGAUGCAGUAUCGCUACCUGGAUCUGAGGUCGUCUCAGAUGCAGAAGAAUAUCAGACUGAGAUCCCAGCUAGUGAUGAAGAUGAGAGAGUAUCUCUGUAAUGUGCAUGGAUUUGUGGAUGUUGAAACACCUACUUUAUUCAAAAGAACCCCAGGGGGCGCUAAAGAAUUUGUUGUUCCCUCCAGAGAGCCGGGCCGGUUUUACUCUCUUCCUCAGAGCCCGCAGCAGUUUAAACAGCUCCUGAUGGUGGCUGGAGUUGACAGGUACUUCCAGGUGGCUCGGUGUUACCGAGAUGAAGGCUCCAAACCAGAUCGACAGCCUGAGUUCACUCAGGUGGACAUAGAAAUGUCAUUUGUGGACCAGGCAGGUAUUAUAUCUCUGGUGGAGGGCUUGCUGCAGUAUUCCUGGCCUACAGAAAGGGGUUCUCUAAAGGUCCCUUUCCAGACACUGACAUAUGAUGAAGCAAUGCGAGACUACGGUGUGGACAAACCGGACACUAGAUUUGAUAUGAAGCUGACAGACCUCAGUGAGCUUUUCUCCUCCACUCAGAUUGAAUUCCUCAACUCAGCUCUCAGCCAACCAGAGGGCUCGGUUCAGGCCAUCCGUGUCCCCAGUGGAGCUAAACUUUUAACUGGGAAAGAUUUGGAAGAACUGAAGCAAACAGCAAAGACUCAGUUUGGACAGGAGCUGAGUCUGGUGUUGAUCAGAGAAGACGGGACAUUAAAGUCUCCUCUAAAGAAGCUGCUUCCUGUCUCCGUCACAGAGGACCUGUUGAGGAGGACUGAAGCCACUCCAGGAGACAUGCUGCUGCUGGCAGCUGGUUCUCUUAACAGUGUGCGCCCAUUGCUGGGUAGUCUUCGCCUCCAGGCUGCUCAGCUCCUUGAAGCUCAUGGCCUAUUAGUCCGUGACCCGACUGCCUUUAACUUCCUGUGGGUUGUGGACUUUCCUCUUUUUCUACCAAAGGAAGAUAAACCAGAGGAGUUGGAGUCGGCUCAUCAUCCUUUUACUGCUCCUCGACCAGAGGACAUGGAGCUGCUCUUCAAAGAGCCACAUAAAGUGUGUGGGCAACACUAUGACCUGGUACUGAAUGGCAGUGAAAUUGGAGGAGGUUCCAUUCGCAUCCAUAAAUCCUCUGUGCAGCUCCACGUCUUAAAGAACAUCCUCAAGGAGGAUCCUAGUCUUCUUUCACAUCUGCUGGAGGCUCUCGACUCUGGAGCACCACCUCAUGGAGGCAUUGCUUUGGGUUUGGAUCGGCUGGUCUCCAUUUUGGCUGGGGCUUCUAGUAUUCGUGAUGUCAUCGCCUUCCCAAAGUCAUUCCGCGGUCACGACCUCAUGAGCAAUGCGCCUGAUUUUGUAUCAGAGGAAGACCUGAAGCCGUACCAUAUUUCUGUCAAAUGGCCAACAGAAGGGGGAGAAGCGAAGUGAGACGAAGUGUCUUUGAAUGAUAUAUUUUCUGUUGGACAGCAGAGAUAAUGGUAUUGAUGGGGGACACAGGAAAAUUGUGGACUUCUGCAUCCCUUCAAUGCAGUCUGCAGGAACAUUGAGGAGGAGAGAAUUGAGAAGGAAAAUUAAGGUUUUGGCUGAAGGUGAAAAAAAAUCAUGUCACAGAGGUUAAGGCUGAUACACUUCUUGGUUGGCUGUGAAGGAAUUCCUUUUAUCAGCUAUCAUCAAAACUCAUAUGGUCACACCUGAGUUUUUUUCUUACAGUUAAAUUUUUCGAAAUCAAAUAAAAAUUUGUCAACAAA